CCCGGUUGAGGCGGGGCGGCGGUGGCGAUGGCGACUGUGACAGACCUGCAACGGCUACAGGCCGGUGUGGAGGAGCUAGAGCGCUGGGUAUAUGGGCCAGGCGGGGCGCGUGGCUCGCGGAAGGUGGCUGAUGGUGUGGUUAAGAUACAGGUGGCUUUGGGGAACAUCGCCAGCAAGAGGGAGAGGGUGAAGAUUCUGUACAAAAAGAUUGAAGACCUGAUCAAAUACCUGGAUCCUGAGUACAUUGACCGCAUUGCCAUACCUGAUACCUCUAAGCUGCAAUUCAUCUUAGCAGAGGAGCAGUUUAUCCUCUCCCAGGUUGCGCUCCUGGAGCAGGUGGAGUCCUUGGUGCCCAUGCUGGACAGCCCUUACAUCAAAGCCGUUCCUGAGCAUGCUGCCCGCCUACAACGCUUGGCCCAGAUUCAUAUCCAGCAGCAGGACCAGUGUGGGGAAAUCACUGAGGAGUCCAAGGCUCUCCUGGAGGAAUACAACAAGAUUACAAUGCUUCUGUCCAAGCAGUUUGUGCAGUGGGAUGAGUUACUUUGCCAGCUAGAGGCCGCCAAGCAAGUGAAGCCAGUGGAGGAAUGA